AUGGCUGUGCGCAACCGCUAUAGGGACUGGACCAAUCCGAUCGAGGAGGCUCGAACCGCCGACCACAAUUUCGAGAAUUCCAUAGCCUUGCGCGAGCUCUUCUCGAAGAUGGUCUCUGCAUUGGGCGCUGCCGUGAUGAGACUUCAGAAUCCAGGAAAGGUGGUUCUGGACAUGACUGCUCUUGGGCUUCGCCAUGCCGGCUAUGGUGCAAAGGAGGAGUACUUGAAGGCUUUCGGCCAAGCUCUUCUUCUUGCUUUCAGAGGCCAAUGCCUUCUAACGCCGGAAGCAGAUCAAGCUUGGAUCAUGGUCUUUGACUUUGUCUCCUCGGCGGUUGCCCGUGGCAUGCGGGAGGCUGGCGAGCUCCAGGCGAAGGCGCUCGUCCCGCCGCCGAGUCUGCCGGAUGGCUCGAAGCCGAGGCAAAGCGGCGGCAAAGGAGUUCAAGCCUCCAUCCAGGUUGUUGGAGACAGCAACUUUGCGGCACGACGGCAGGGACUCACCGAAAGUCUUGGGGAUGUUCUUCUUCGCCCGUCAGUUGCUGUCGAUGCUUUAGCUGAGGCUCAGCAACCGGGAAUGGUGCCUUCGAGCAGAACCAUCAGCACUGUGCAGCAGAGCUGGAUGGUGGUGAAGGCGGACGGCUCACGUAAUGAAAGCAGGGCAGCGAUGUUCUUCUUUGGACAGGAACUCGGAGUUGCGAACAUCGGCGAGAUAAUGUACAAGCACCUGUUCAAGAUUGCCCCCGUAACCAAGUCGCUCUUCCCAGUCAGCGUGCGCAAUCGUUAUCGCGACUGGAGCUGCAGCCAUGAGGAGGUUGAAGAUGGUUUCGAGAACUCGCCGGCGCUGCGCAACCUUUUCGCCAAGGUUGUCGAGGCGGUGGGAAGUGCUGUGGCUGGACUGCACAAUAUCUCGAGGCUCGUCGCUGAGUUGAAUGCCUUGGGAAUGCGUCACAUCAACUACAACAUGAAAGAGGAGUUCUUCGAAUACGGCGGCCAAGCCCUGGUUCUGACCUUGCAGGAUGGACUGGGCACGUCUUUGACUGAAGACGUCAAGCAGGCUUGGGUAGCAGUCUACGAGUUCAUCUCUGCUUGCAUCAUCAGCGGACUUCGCUUCGCCGAAGAGAAGGAGUCGCUGGUGAGGACGUUGCAGUACGUGCCUAGUCGCGGGGCUCCUCCCACGGCCACAGAUGGCUGCAGUCCGCAGUCCUUGAGCUCCUAUGUCAGCCAGAAUGUUUCAGUCUCUACACGGUGUGCCGAUGACACACCUCCGUACCCCGGCGCAAAGGGCUCUAGCGCACGCACAGAAGGGGAGAGAGAGAGAGAGCCUCUGUGUGUGUGUGUGUGCGUGUGUGGACCUCUGUUGCCAAGAGGAACCGUUUUUUGCAGCACUCUGGACAGUCGCGCUGAAUUGAUGGAAAUAGCAGGGGGCAGAGGGUCUCAUUUCACGGCCUCUGCCAAUGAAGCUCCGUGA